UUGAUAACGCGGGAUCGGUAAUCAAAACGCAAACGCACCUAGAUCUCUUCUUCUCCCUACUCUGCAACAAAGUCAACACAGACACCACCCUUUGUUUCUUCUCUCCCUCUCCGCCAUGAAAAGAAAAAGAGAGAGAUCAAAGCUUGCAAACUACAGAGACGUAGACCAAACCAGCGAUGCAAUCGUUGAAGCAACACCAACGUCGCCACUUACUGUGUCAAAACAGAAAAAUACUUCAGAUGAAACAAACUCAGAUCCGUUUCCUUCCGAUCUAUUAAUGGAGAUACUCAAACAGUUCCCUGUCAAAACCCUAGCGAGGCUCACGUGCGUAUCAAAGCUCUGGGCAUCAACCAUCCGCCGCCAAGAAUUCAACAAACUUUGGUCUUCUUCAAACCAACAACGUCGUAGUAGUAGUAGUAAUACUCUCAUCUUCGCAUUCAAACGUGACAAAGGAUAUGGCCAAGACUGUUUCUUCUUCUCAUCGCUUCAAACCAAGAAUCCACACGAAGCCUCUGUAACCGCUACUUAGGAGAGGAGAGUUCGUAGAGGACGGUUGAAGACUGUCCUCCUCACUACUCUCCUGAGUCUCUUCAUAUAUGUAUAGACGGGGUUCUAUACUACGGAGCUUGUUUUGGGACGGGUACUACUACGAGUGUCGUUGGUAAGGACCGUGGCGUUAUGAGCUUUGAUGUUCGGUCUGAGAAGUUUGAUGUUAUCAGAGUACCGCAAGGAAGAGCGAGAAAGUUUACGAGUAUGACGAGGUACUAUGGGAAGCUUGCUCUUAUCUACACUGUGUACGGUAAAAUCGGAUUAUGGGUUUUAGAGGAUGCUGAGAAAAAUGUAUGGUCCUCUACGUUUUUCGAUUUGCCGAGAUUGUCUGGAUAUAAUACAAAGUUUCAAGUGUUUUGUGCCGUUGAUGAUGGUGAUGAUGCAGGGGAGUUUGUUUUGGCACCAAAGGAAUUGCAGGAAUCGGCGUUUUAUGUUUUGUAUUAUGAUCCCAAGAAAAAGAGGGUGAGAAAGGUGGACGUUGAAGGAAUUACAGAACAUGAGGAGCUUCCACUUUGGGAUAAAGAUUGGAAGCGUAGGACAAUGUCUAUCUUCCCUGGUCAGAUUGAGAAUCUCAUGUUUCUCUAAGAGUGCUUUGCAAACAAUUCUUCUUCUUCAUGAGUUUUAUGAUAAUAAGUAAUAACCUCCACUGUUAUAUUUUGCUUGAUAACUUGUAUCUGAGUUUCAUCUUGUUACAGGUCUUAUAAUCAGUUUAUUGCUGCUAUAUUUUUUAGUUUUGGUUUUAUCUCUGGAUUUUAGAGUUCAUGUACUCAUGGUAGUAAAUAAUUUCUUAUCUACAUUUGAUUUUUUUUUUCUGAUA